AUGCAUGGAAGUCUCCUGGGGUGGUGGUGGAACAAGAGGGUGAUGCCAUGGGACGAUGAUGUCGAUGUCAUGGUCUCCGAGCCCAGUAUGUUUCUACUUGCCGCAUACUACAACAUGACAACCUACUACUACGAGUACCCGGCCAUUCCAGAGGGUCGCUCCUUUCUGUUGGACAUCAACCCUCAUUACCUGGUUCGAGACAAGGGAAAGGGCCUGAACUCGAUAGACGCGAGAUGGAUCGAUAUGGACCAUGGCCUAUUCAUCGACAUUACCACCGCAAGGUACAAUGUCACAUACGGGGAAGGUGAGGGCGUGUUGGUAGGCAAAGACGGUCACCUGUUUCGGGAUACCUAUCUGUUGCCACUCCUGGAGACGACCUUCGAGGGUGUUAAGGCGAAAAUCCCUUACAAGUACAAAGACUUCUUGAUAUCCGAAUAUGGCAAAGAAUCCUUGUCGGACAAGGAAAUCAAUAACCACCAUUUCGAUGAUGAUAAGAUGGAGUGGGUGCCUACUGGAGAGCUCUGA